AUGAAGGUCCAAACAGCUACCCUAAUUGCAUCUUCUGUGUCUGCCGUUACACUCGGUGCGUGCCUCGUGGCAAUGUUCUCCAUCUAUUCUGACGUAGCUGGCUUCUGGAUUGAGCUCGAAAGAGAACUUAGCAAUUUCAGGGUCACAACCGAUUACCUUUGGAAAGACAUUAUGAGUAUUGGAUCGGCAAGAAGGGUCCGCCGUCAGUAUGAAAAUGCAUCAACCAGCAAAUCUCCCAGCGAUGGACCACCUUCAGUCCCUCCUGGUAGCCCUCCUUCCACACCUCCUGUCUUUGCCCAGCAACCAGGAGCUAACGGAGAUACACGAUGUAACUGCAACGUUGACAGCAAAUGCCCACCCGGUCCUCCAGGACCAAAGGGAGUUCCAGGUGCACCAGGUCCUGAAGGACAAUCAGGCCUAGACGGAAAACCAGGUUUUAACUCCGAUGACAUUGUACCUCGACGAAAUACAAUUGGCUGCUUCUACUGCCCUAGUGGACCGCCUGGGCCACCCGGGGCGCUGGGUCGUCCUGGGCCUCGGGGACUGCCAGGACCAAAGGGGAUUGAUGGAAACCCGGGACGAGAUGGAACACCAGGAAGCCCUGGAGAGCAAGGACCAGCUGGAUCUAUUGGAAAGCUCGGAGAGCCUGGACUUCCAGGAGUAAAAGGCCUUGAUGCAGAGCAUCCAGUUGGUAGGCCCGGGCCGAAAGGUCCUAGUGGUGAUGCAGGACUCCCAGGACCGCCUGGUCCCAAUGGACUUAAUGGAUCUCAUGGAAGAUCCGGACCGAUUGGACCUCCGGGAGCAACUGGUGUGCCAGGACCUCAAGGCCCUGAUGGAACAAUUGGCGAUGAGGGUCUCGAAGGAAGACCCGGGAAAGAUGCAGAAUACUGCCCGUGUCCUGACCGCCCUUCUGAUUUCGAAUCUACUGCCCGGAAUGGUUAUCAGCGGCUUCAAACUCUGUAA